GGCUGGGAGAAGGCGAGCACGAAGGCGCGCGCGGGGGCUGAUGCUGGGCUUGUGUGCAGCAGCAGCAGCAGCAGCAGCAAGCGGCUUGGGCACCGCCGCCGGCUGCAGCAGCAGGCGCCGAGCGAGGGUCUCCUCGGGGGGCAGCAGCGCCGCUGGACUGGCGGCGGCGGGCUCUGCCCUGAGGUGUUAGAGAGGCGAGACGUUUCCCUGCAUGGUUCGCGCUCGCUUCGGGGAAGAGCAAGAGGAUUAUUUCAAACGAGCAAACGCAAAACGCCGCAGCGUUCAAUUUCUUCAAAGCUGUCUUAAAACUUUCCCUCCUAAGAACUGCUUCAAGCAUUUCCUCCAGCUGCUUCCACCCCUACGCAGUUUUUGUAUAUUUUGACCUAUCUCACCUUAAAAGAAUACUUCUGUGCUUCUCCCCUCAUCCCCCUCCUCUUUCUCUUAAUUUGAAUUUGGGGAGGAAGCUGGAGUGGCUCCUUUCCGCCCCCCCCCCCACCUCACCAAGGAGGGAAUUAAAAAAAGGACAUUUCUUGAGCUUCCUGAGAGGGGAGUGGUUUUCCCGAAGAGGAAACCAUCGAGCUAUUCUUAAGAAACUUUCUCUCUCUGACUUUUUUUUUUAAAUUGUACGUGCUAUGGAAAGCUAAGGGAUUUUUUUUAAAAAAAUUUGGUUUUCUUUGGCGUGCCAUACUGUUUAUUUUUUAAAAAAGGAAGAAAGAAAAGCUGACAAAGAGGGAUCCCAGAGAUCGCCUAUUUGUCACAAUGUACAAUACAGUGUGGGAUAUGGAUCGCGAUGACACGGAUUGGAGGGAGGUGAUGAUGCCGUAUUCCACCGAGCUGAUCUUUUAUAUCGAAAUGGACCCUCCAGCUCUUCCUCCAAAGCCCUCCAAGCCAAUAACACCAGUAAAUGCAAAUGGGACAAAAGAAAAUGGAAGCGCCUCACUUCAGGAUGCAGAAUGGUACUGGGGAGACAUCACAAGGGAAGAGGUAAAUGACAAACUGCGAGACAUGCCGGAUGGAACAUUCCUGGUGCGAGAUGCAUCAACAAAGAAACAGGGAGACUAUACGCUGACACUGCGGAAGGGUGGCAACAAUAAAUUGAUAAAAAUUUAUCAUCGGGAUGGGAAAUAUGGUUUUUCUGACCCACUGACAUUUAAUUCUGUUGUGGAGCUGAUUAACCACUACCAUCAUGAAUCUCUUGCUCAAUAUAAUCCUAAACUUGAUGUGAAGCUGAUGUAUCCUGUAUCAAGGUACCAGCAGGAUCAGUUGGUAAAAGAAGAUAAUAUUGAUGCUGUGGGCAAAAAGUUGCAGGAGUACCAUAAUCAAUAUCAAGAGAAAAGUAAGGAGUAUGACAGAUUAUAUGAAGAAUACACCAGAACAUCACAGGAAAUUCAGAUGAAGAGAACAGCAAUAGAAGCUUUUAAUGAAACAAUUAAAAUUUUUGAAGAGCAGUGUCACACCCAAGAACAAUACAGCAAAGAAUAUAUUGAACGAUUUCGAAGAGAAGGGAAUGAGAAAGAAAUUGAGCGGAUUAUGAUGAAUUAUGAAAAGUUAAAAUCACGUCUGGGUGAAAUCCAUGAUAGUAAGCUCCGACUGGAACAGGAUUUGAAGAAACAAGCCCUAGACAACCGGGAAAUUGACAAGAAAAUGAACAGUAUCAAACCUGAUCUUAUCCAGCUACGCAAAAUCAGAGAUCAGUACCUUGUUUGGCUUAAUCAUAAAGGAGUCAGGCAAAAGCGAAUAAAUGACUGGCUGGGAAUAAAAAAUGAAAACAUAGAUGAUAUAUAUUUUACAAAUGAGGAGGAUGAAAAUUUGCCUCAUUAUGAUGAAAAGACAUGGUUUGUGGGAGAUCUCAAUCGCAUCCAAGCAGAAGAUUUGCUUUGUGGGAAACCUGAUGGAGCAUUUUUAAUUCGAGAAAGUAGCAAGAAAGGCUGUUACGCUUGUUCUGUGGUAGCUGAUGGAGAAGUUAAACACUGUGUGAUUUACAGCACUCCAAGAGGUUAUGGGUUUGCAGAGCCAUAUAACCUAUAUAGCACCCUGAAAGAAUUAGUCCUUCAUUACCAGCAUACCUCCCUUGUCCAACAUAACGACUCCCUCAAUGUUCGGCUUGCUUAUCCUGUCUACGCACAGAUGCCCUCCCUCUGUAGAUAAAUUCUAGGAGGGUGAAGUAUAAGUGAAAUGUUGUUUUUCUUGGAUUUCUUUUCUACAGUUUUUAUUAGAAACCAGAGGGCAUUCUUUCUCCUUAGACUGCUUGUUUUGCACAAGAAGUGAUUUGAUGAAUGUGAAUUGGAGACUUAGCAGCAACAAAUCACAGCUUUGGGGUAGGUGCCCUGGUGCUACCUGAAGAUCAGCUGUGUUUUUAUAUAAGGAGAUUCUCUCUCUCUCUCUCUCUCUCUCUCUCUCUCUCUCUCUCUCUCUCUCCCUCCCUCCCCCCCCCAGUCUCUCUCCCUAAAAGGAACAAGUAAACUCUCAAAAAAUGCAUACAUUUUUGCCAGACACCUAAAAGUGAAACUGUGGAGAGAAACAUUUUUGCCAGACGCCAUCAGCGGAACUUCUACUUGGAUUUUGUUUUUCUGAGGUAUUGGUAACGUCUUUCAGUCUUAAGCUCCAGGAGAAUGGGGGAAGUCUCUGUACAGAAGCUUUUCCCUGUUAAUUUUAGCAGCUUCGCUGCAAGUCUGACAAACUUGCAAAUGAGGGCUCUUCUUGAUGUAGCAUGGUAUUUGAUGAGAGGAGACCAAAGGAAUUAUGGGGAGAGUUUCAGGUUCAUAUUCAAAAGGAUAUCCUCAAAGAAAUGUUGCUUUAUAUUUUACCAACAAUAACAAAGUUUUGGUUUCAACAGCACUCCAGGUCUUCAAAUAAAGAAACCAAAUUGAACCCACCAAAACUUCUCUCAUUGCUGGAUUGAGCACUUAUGGGGAAAAUUGCAUUGCAAUCGCACACUUGCCAAAACUUGAAGAGAAAAAUACAAAAGCUAAAACUUUCUUGUGUAGUUUUCAAAACUCUAACCUGACCUGAUGUAACUGCACCACUUUCCCCAUUAUUACUUUUUUAAAACACAUUUUGUUUCUUCCAAGGAUGUCAGAUUUUGUUUUUAAAAGAUACGAAGCUUUGGAAUGUAAACUAGAAUGAAGCUGGCACUUGGCAUGUUUAUCAGAUGCUAAACAAUGACUAUUCUAUUUGAAAACGUUUGUUAAGAAAAAAAACUUUAAAAGUGCAAUGGAUUGCUUCUCAGUGGCUUGCUAAACCAAAAAACAAGAACAACAAGAACAACAACAACGCUAUGGGUGCAGUCUAUUGCUGAAACCGGUGACAAAAUUACACUUUUAAUGCAUUUGGAUUGCACCCCUAAUCAUUAGUCCCAUUGCACAGGUUGUAUGCUUACCCUCACAAUUCAAUGUUGGCUUACUUACCAUAAGGCAAAUACUUGGGUAGCUGCAUUCUGUAGGACUAGUCAAGAUGUAUAGUGGUAGAAUCUAUAAGUAUGUAAUCAGCUUUGCUUGGUCUUCUGCCAUCAUUAGAUUCAUCUGGAUUAUAUGUGACAUCAAAUAAUGAAAUUAUAGCAAAUAGUUGGAACUGGAUCCACUGGACUGUGAGACUCUGUAUCCUAAAAAUGCUAUUAUGACUUUUUGUUGUCAUUACAUAUAUGCCCUUGUUUAUACUUUAUUGUAAUUUCGAAAGAUUAUAUUUGAGCUAGAACAUUUCAUAAAACAACAAGGAAAAGUGGACAGAUUCAGCAUAAGUCUCUCCUUUUUUCUGGUGCAGUAUUUGAAGUGCAUGCCAGGGAUUUGGGACAUCAUAGAUCUUUUCUGGCCCUACCCCACCUUCAGUGCCACCUUGAACCCCCAGACUGUUAGACUAUUGUUUACACAAAGCAGAAUGCACUAUAUGUGAGCAUAGAAGUAUUAUGCAGAAUAUGAAAUUGCUGAACAGGAAAAUGAUAAAUCUUGAGCACUAAUCUGUAGCUGGAGGGGCCAAACUAGAUUGCUUGACAUGUCCCAGAAGCACUUCUUUUGCACUAGUCCACCAUGGCUUAAGCUAAGUACUGGCUAACCAGCUGCAGCAGCAUCUUAUAAAAAUAGAGCAGUGGUUGUUGUAAGAACUACUUGCUAGUCUUUGGAUUUGUGAGAAGAUAGUGAAAUACCUAAUGUGUCCCUCUCUCCUAAAACCUGGAAACACUGCUUCCCCUUUAGACACCAGCAAUAUCUUUCAUUAACUGUGGUUAUAGAUUUUGCCAUUUUGCAAAGAGAGCAGGUACCUCUUCUAGGGACCUGACCACACUUGUACAUCCUGAUCUGGUAUAGGUGCAUUGAUUUUUGCUUCCAGUCACAAGAUGUUGCCUAGAGUACAAAGGCCUCUUCUCAAAAUCAGUGGAAUGUUUCCAAAGCCACCAGUGAUAACACUUUCUAUUUAAAGUAUAACUGAACAAUUGGCAAUGUAAGAAUCCCCACUGUUUUGAAUAAAUUUGACCUUGCUUGCCUACAUAAAAUAUUUGGCUUCUAUUUUUUGUUUUCAGAGUAUCAGAAAACUAAGAACCUUAUGCUUUUUUUAAAACUUUGUUUUAAAUUUCCCUGUUAAUGUUAUCAGCUUACUUUGGUUAAGAUAGUGUAUAUUAAAUACCUAUGACUUUCCUUUUGAAGUACCUCUCUGGGUUUGGGUAAAUAAGUAACAGCUGCUGGCAUUUUCCAUCUGGUGGGAUCAUGCUUUUGCAUGUCUUUCACCUUAGACUUUGGGAUGGACUUGGCAAAUGAAAAAUACUUUUGAACCAGUUGAAAUAUGUAGCAAUAUGUACUUCUAUUCAGUUUUAAUCAAGUGUUCAUGAUUUAAUGUUUGCCCUAUAAUAAUUCAUCACACCAGUGAAAUGUUAGCUUACCUCAGGUGGCAACAUUCCUAAUCUCAUGGUGCAAAUCACUUUUGAUGGUUAGGAUCAGCCCUACUAAGUGUUUUCUGCCAUAUGAGGCUAAAACAAAUGCAAAAGACAACAUGACAGAAGUUAAAUACAGGAUUGUGUAGGGCCAAAGUUCAGAAGAGAUCUGUGUUUUUUUGAAGCCAAUGAGCUAGACUUCCUUUAGUAGAACUUGGUUUUUUCAGAUAGCAGUUAAUUGUAUUGAUCUCAGUAACCCAACUAUGUAGAUGACCCCCCCACCACCACCACAGUGUUAAAAAGGGUGGGGAGAGAAAGUAUUUUCUAAUCUGCACAGUUUAUCUGAGGUAUAUUUGCAAGGAUUGGUGAUGAUCAGUAUUUUGUUUUUACACCAGAGGAAAAUUGCACAUCUGUCUGCAUUUUCUAUGGUUGUUGUGAUGCACAAAGGAUCAGCCAAGAACGAAAACAAACUGAACAGCCAGUACUACUGCUAACUAGUUUCUUGUCACUUAAAUGUCAUAAGAACAAAAUUUGUGUAUUUAACACUUUCAGGAAAAUUUUACUAUGGGAAGUGCAAAAUUGAUUUUUCCUUCUGUAGCAGCUUUGGUACAAAGCAGUUCUUUGAAUCUCCUGCUUAGCAGAAUAUUAAUAAAACCAUAAUCAGUGGAUUCCUUUCUAGUGCAUUAACCAGGAAUCUAUUUGCAUAUGCACACUGGAACUCUUUGUUCCUUCCCCCAACCACUCAUCCACCACAGCAGUUCCUUGCACUUCAUCAGAAACCACUUAUGAAAGUCUCCUCAGUUUCAAAAGUGACUUGUCAAGCAAUGUGAGGCAGCUAUUACUAGGUUGCAAACAUUCAAAAACACUUCCACAUAAAGCUGGUGAUCCUAUCCUAAAAUGAAAAGCAGCAGAGCCCCAACAAAAAAGUUAUAUUUUCAGGAUCCUGAACUCUUAAGUCAUUCCAUCACCCACAUCCACUGGAACUCAUAUUUUCGAAGAAAUUAGCAUGCAAAAUCCAUCUAGUUCCCAUACUUCUAAUUUAUAACCAUGUAGAAUUUUGGAUAAAAACAAGCAUGGAUGAGAACCAUGCCUAACUACUUGUACAAGACAGCCAAAUGCCAACCUGUGCAAGCUCAGGAAUAGGGAUAGGAGCAAUUCUUUAACCUGUCUCAGGACAGGCAGACAAUAGUCUGUAGGAGCAAAUGUAGACACACUUAAUGCUAUAUUAAGGGCUUCAAUGGUUUGGGUCUGUAAUCCUGUGCUGUCCCUUGCUAUGGAAAGGCUUGAUAAAGUAUACAGCAACUUCAUGCUGUGUCUGCUCAAGUAGCAAUUUUCCUGUUUUGCUAUCACAUUUCUAAGUCUAGAAAAGCCCCCUUUUGGUACUUGAACAAUAUAUUUUUGUUUGUAUGUGUGUGCUUGUUUUUGUUUUUAAAUUCACACUAACAGGGAGUAAAAACUGAAAGUGGUAGUGUGUGUAUGUGUGGGUGGGUGGGUGUGGGUGUACAGACAUGCAGAACUUUGUGAAAUGACACUUUAUAAGUGAGAUCUGAGCAAGCAUUGUAGUGUAUGUUCAAGGUUUUGUGUCAUGGGUUUUGAGUUAUCUUUUUUUUACCCGUUUUGAUUUUAUUAAUGUGAAUUCAUAUAUAUCUGUUUUACAGUUAGGGAAGCUUCAUUAUAUUCCUGAAGAUUUACAGCAAGUAUUUAAUGUGUACUUGCAGUUAGAAGUAGUCAGAUUUCAGGUUUUGGGUUCUUGAAAUUUGCUGAGAGUUCAGCAACUAUUAACUGUACUUUCAUACAUGGAAUACAUUUUUGUUUCUUCAACAAGAGUCAGUCCCUUGCCCCUGCAACCGGAUACUACAGUGAAAUGUGUUGGAAGAUAAAAUUACUUUUUAAAAUAAGUAGGAUAGUGACUAACAGUCCCAGGGCUGGACAUGAUUACACUUCUGCUGGGACCCAAAGCUAGGUCAGAGACCUACAAUAACCAGCAUUCUCUACUGUUCUUCCUCCUCAUCCAUUGUCAUCUGUUCCCUUGUUUACUCUUCUUUUACUCCCUGGACUAUUUCCUGCCUGCUGAAGAGUCUCAAGGAUGUAGGGAUGUGCCCUGUAUUAUGCCGCUUCAUACAUCAUGAAAGUUGUCCCUUGCCACCAUUACAACACUGCUUCCCCAACCUUAGAGUGCUGGAAAGCACACCAUUGCUUAGGCACUGUCUAUCAGUGCCCCCCCCCCCCAAAAGAACAGUGCUUGCCAUCCUGGUUUUAGGGGCUGGAACUCCUUGACAGCUAUAAACACUUAAGCCAAGCCUGGCUUCUCUUUUCUGACCACUGGACAUUACUCUCAUCACCUGCCUCCAAUGAGGAGAGAGGGAAUAAAUUCCUUGUAAGCAGCUGCAACAGUGUUAGUUAAUGCCUUGUGCUAUGGAAGGGUGCCAGAGCACCCAACACAGCCCUUAGUUUGCAUGGUGUCUUAUUUGAGGGGCCUCAAACAUUUACACAUUAAGCAGCUACUGAGUGGAUCAGUUGCCACCACACACAGGUAAUUUGUGUCCAUCUCCUGUCAAGUAACUUUCCUCCUUGUGGUCACAAGCCACUGCCAUGAAUGAGAAGUAAUGAGAAGAUGCACUAUAGAAUGGAUGCAGCUCUCUUGUAAGGCUGUACAAACAUAAUUGCAAAGCUACCUUAACAUUUAUAGAAGGCCUCUCUCUAUAUCACUGUAAUAUGACAUUUGGAUUUAAGUUUAUGCUUUACAUGACCAAGAGAUUCCAGUGCUGCUAAAAAAACCCUGAUUUUUUUUUUUUUUUUUUGAAAAACAGCAUUGUGGGCCAACUGUAUGAGAUGGUUAAAAGAACCAGGAUCAGAUAAGUUUUAAGUUGAAAGCAGCUGAGGUGUUAUAACAGGAUUGUGUAAGCAGUUGUUUGCUUCACUGUACCAGUUUCCUGUUCUAAAUCACCAAUCUAAAACUGUUCCUUGCAGGCAUGCAGCUGCUACUGGUGGAACUAUCACCACUGGUAAAUUAUUUGGAUUGGGAAGAUAGCAGAAGGGGAGAGUCAAACACACAUCCCCCCCCCUUUGGUAGUGUUCCUUUGGCAUAAUUGGAGCCCACAUGGAUGCUUUAAACAAACCUUUCAUAGAUUGCCCAAUAUCUUGCCCAUCGGCUUUGAGCUAAAACCUAUGCUUGGAAGAAUAUGAUUUGACUGAACACUGAUCAACAAAUAGUAGCUAAAGUUCUUGAAAUCUUAUGUUCUGCAGGCAGAACACCACCACAGCAAAGGAGGAUUUUUUUAAACCCCUCACAUCUGUUUUGUUCAAAACAGCAUAUGUUACUUUUCUAGGAAAUUAUAAAAAUUAAGCACUGGCUUUUUGGACUGGCUCCAUAGUUUUAAAUAAGGAUUUUUCUAGCAGUCAUGGUCCUUAGGCAACAUCCCUUGUUCCUGUCCUAUGGCUACUGCAAAUAUUCCUGUUGGCUUUAAACUUAACUUGAAGAGCUCUAUGCAGUGAAUGGCACAGAGGCAUUCUCUGCUUGACUGGAGAGAGUCUCACUGAUUCACUGAGAAGAGUUCACAUAUCACAGCAAGCCACCCUGAAAAUGAGCUGUGGUGGGCUGGUUGUUGUCUCCCUGACUAACAGCCAUUUUACCACUUACCAUAACUUGUUUCCCACUUAGUCCUCCCAUAUGCUCCUGGCACAUACCUUCCCAGGCCUCUGCAGCACAACCUUGGCACUACUCUGCCACUAUGCACACUCAGACUCAUUAGCAGAGUAGAGGUUUUCAGUAGAAUUUUCUUUCUACCUUUGGGGAGAUUUGCUCAAAUUUAACAGGGCUACUUCUGUCUCAUGCAGAUUUAACUUGACUGACUCUUUUAAACUUUUGAGGAAAUUCUUCCAAUCUGAAAGAACCAGUGUGGUGUAGUGUUAAGAGCACAGGACUGGGACUCAGGCAAGCUGUGUUCUAGUUCCCACUUGGCCAUGGAGCCAACUGGGUGACUUUGGGCCAGUCACAGACUCUCAGCCCAACCUACCUCACAGGAUGGUUGUUGUGGGAAUAAGAUUGAGAGUAGGAGGAGGAGUAUGAUGUAAGCUGCUUUGACUUCUGUGUAAGAAAAGGCAGGAUAUCAAUCAAGUAAAGUGCAAUAACUACUCCACUAAAGUAGUUAACAUCACUGUGUUGGAUUUGUACAAAUCUCCCCAAAAAUGGAUUUGCUUGUUAAAGUUAAAUUUGUGCAAAUCUCCCUAAAAGUAGGAAAACAGCACAUUGUCUAAGAGCCAAUGAAGUAGGGGAAUAAAUUUAUUAGUGUCAUUUCAAGACAUAACAGAUACCAUUAGUGAGAUUAUAAAAAUGGGCUGGGAGGGUUUUAUGCUGCACUUGCCAGGCAGCUCUCUCACUGUUUUAAACAACAUAUACUGAAGAAAAUCUGCCAGAGUUUGGAUGUCAAGCCAUCCUAAACAACCCUACCACAAGCCAUGGGCUUUUAGUGAUGGCUUUAAAAAAAAACCCACAAUGGGAAAGCCACACCAGAUCUGGAUGUCACACCAAGCCACCAAUAGUGAUAACCCACUGUGGCUUAGCAUGAUGUGUAAACCAGGUCAUUUGAGUAUUACAAGUAGUAAUAGCUCUUGUUUAAGGUCCACUCUGAUAUUUCACACUGCUUGGUAACUUGUCUAUAUACCCACAGGAGCAUUGCACUUUCGCCAAUCUGCACCUCCGGGCACUUUUCUUAAAAAAAAGAUAGGGAGCAGGAAUUUGCAGAGUCUAAAAAACUACUAUUUUAAGACAUUUUCAGGGGUCAACAUGCUCCCUCCUCAUUCUAGGUCUGUUACUUUCAGUAGUGUUGCACCCUCAUGUAUUCCAGUCAGCUGUGCAAGUAAAUGUGUGUGCUGUCUUUGAAGUGAAGUUAUUUUGUCUUUGAAUGACUGACUACAAAGAAAUUUGAUUCAAUCUAUUAAUAACUUCGUAAAUUUUGCUAGUUUACAGCCCCAUGGGAUUGUACUGGUUUGCAACCUCUCCUGCCCAUUCUGAGUGUGUAUGUGUACUGUAUGUAUAUAGAUAUAUGGAAAAUAAAUUCUCAUACACAAGUCUAUAUGCAUUGGCCAUAAGUGGCACUGCCCUUUUGAAAAUUCAAUUUUACCAUUUGCACUUGUUUUACCACCCCACAAUCUUAAUGCUGGGAUCAUUUUUUGUUGUACUCCUUCCCACACACCCUGAAAAAAGGUGGAGUUCAUCACUAACACUUUUGUUGUACUUUUUGAAUUUAUUUUUUCUUACCAUUUUACUAAUUCGAUCCAUAUGCAGCGUUAGAGUUGAUUCAAAACAAAGUUGUUUUAUAUAAGACCCACUUUCUUUGAAAUGCAGUAAUAGUUGCACAUUUUAAAUACAUGCAAACUACAUCUAGCGCUAAUGUGCAAAGGAGAGCAGUAGCAUUAAUAACUGUGUGUAGAAAUAUUUGUACCUAUGUGAAAACAAGUGGGUAACUUUAUGUUGAAGUUUGCCAGAACUAUGCACUCCUUUGUACAUCCUGCAUAAGAACAUUGCAUUCUUGAAAUUCAUUUUGGUUUUCCUUUUAAGGGAUGCUGUUUGUCAAAGAUAUGCUUCCCAUGAAACAAUGGGGGUGUUUUUGGUUUUGUUCUUUUUAAUAUGAAUUCCAGCAUGUAACUUUGGUAGUCUUGUUGGUAUGUAAAACCUGUUCUUCUGUCAUUUUAUGGUGUAGUCAAAUUCAUGUAGUUUAACUUUUAAAAAAGAAACUGCUUCAUGAGGAAAACAGUUGUAUGUUAGUCAUAACGUAGUUUCUAGAUAAGUAAUGCAACAUUGUACUUGUCACCAAAUGUGCUAUGAUCUUACUGUAUGUUUCUAUUUUUAAAAAUAGAUGGUUGAGCUUUGGAAUCCCAGACACUAAGCAUUCUGGCCUACUUUGCUUUAGAAUAAAAAUGCAAUAAAAGAUUGCAAUAAAGCACAUUUAAAUGUAAUGUUUUAGAAGGAUGUACUGACCGCUGUUUCUAAUAAAUUCAGAAAUACAGCCUA